AUGGAUUGCCUUGUCAACUUGCCAAAUGAUGCCAAUUUGCUUCGUCGCUGCGGAAUUAUCAAUAACUUUUUAGGUGACGAUGUUGCGGUUUGCACCAUGUUAAACAAACUUGGCAUUGGUGGUGUCAUAGUCUCUGAUAACUUCUGUUACGCCCAACUUUUCAACAAUGUGAAUGAGCAUUGUAGGAAGCGUUACAACCGAUGGAUGGCAAACUUAAGGCACAAGUAUUUCAACAGUCCAUGGGCACUUAUUUCAUUUGGUGCUGCUGUUGCCCUACUUUUACUCACUGCAGUGCAGACUAUAU